GAUGGAUCUGCAAAUCUCAGCUUUUCUUCUCUUCAUUCUUUUUACUGCAGGACACUCUCUCAGCUGCUAUCAGUGCUGGAAUAAUACAGGUUCUUGUGUAGUUCCAAAUGUAACAGGUUGUGCCAGUGCAUAUUCCAACUGCAGAAGUUUAACAACAGUAUCGAGAGCUGGUAUUAUAGAGAAUCGAAAAGAAUGCAUUGAUAACUGUACAAGUGGGUCCAUAAACUACGGCAUUAAACAGAUGUUUUAUUCCUGCUGUGACACUGAUCUUUGUAAUGACCAAGCUCCAGAUCUCAGCAGUCCCAAUGGAAAUAAAUGUUAUUAUUGUGAUGAACACAACUGCUCAAACACAGUGAACUGUUCAGGGAGUGAAGACCACUGCAUUACAAAAACAGAGUAUUUAAAUGAAUCACUGAUUCUAAAAGGCUGUGCCUCUCAAUCCAUUUGUGAUUUUUUAGCAUCAUUUAGUAACAUUUCAUGUUGUAAGGGGAACUUGUGUAAUGAUGUCACCCAGAACAUCACUCAAUACACCGCUGUCACUCAAAACUUCGUUCAAAACAUAACCCAGAUCUUCAGUGUCACUAAAAACUUCAUUCAAAACAUCACCCAGAUCAUCAAUGGCUCUCAAAACGUCACUCAGAUCAUCAAUGGCACUCAAAACAUCACUCAAAAUGUCACCCAGAUCGUCAAUGUCACCCAGAACAUCACUCAAAAUGUCCCCGAGAAGGUCACCCAGAAGGUCCCCCAAAGUAGUAACAGUGCUAAGCGUAUCACCCAGAGCUUUUUGUUGUUAUUGAUUGUUUACUUAAUUAAGUAAACAAUCAAUAACAAAAUAAGAAGAAAGAAGCAAAUUUUAAGCAGUAAGAUAAACCGAGAAAAUAUAUUACCAUCGUCAGUUGUUUUGUGUGCAUGAAAAAAAUUAGAAAGGAAUAAAACCGUUUUAAAUGCAUUGUUUGCUUUUGCUAGAUUUGUGUGUGUGGUUUGUGUCUAGAGUUAUGGGACAGUUGGCCAAAGAUUGAGCCAACACUAUCCAGACAUAUACUGCGUGUAUAUAUAUAUUAUAUAGUAUAUAUACACACACACAAGUGAUUUUUGGAAAUCAAUUUCAUACACAUUGUUCAAAACUAUUUUUUAUGUUAAAUAUUAUAACUUGUAAGGUUAACCAAUCAAAGGUUUGAACUACUUAGAGAGAAUAUAUGACUAUAACCCACAACUGCUAAUAUUUACAUUUAAGACAUUAAACAUUCAGUGAGACAACUGUCUUGAGAUGACUUACAAAAUAAAGAUUUUUCUUACUCGCACAACAGACAGACUUCUCAUAUAUACACUAAUCAUAGUCUGUAUGUAUGUAAACAUCUAAAGUAUUGUACACAUGUGAUAACAGGAACUUGUCCUUACUGGAUAUUUAAGUGCAUCCAACCAGAGCAAGUGUUUUGCCGUAGGAGAUGAAAUAUAUGAAAUAUAUCAUAUAUUCUGAUUCUUUCUUGACCCAAGAAAUAUAAAAAAUUUGUUCUCAUCUCAUGCAGGUAAAAA